AUGUCCAAAAAAAAGGUGAAUACAGAGGAAGUCGCGAGAUUACAACGAGCUGGCCAAAAUGCCUACAAAGCGGGCAAUCUUCAAGCCGCCAUUGAAUCCUUCACUCAGGCAUUGACUGAGAACAAUGAGGAUAUUGGUGUUCUCGACAAUCGAGCUGCUACUUAUUGCGGACUGAAGCAGUAUAGCCAGGCGCGAGCUGAUGCUAGAAAUAUGGUGAAGCUUGCACCUAACGAUGAUCGUGGGUAUCUACGCCUCGCAAAGGUGUUAUGUCUUGAUGGCAGCUUCGACAAGGCUCGAGAUAUCUACGAGUACGCUCUUCAGAAGCUUCCAGCUGGCCACAAAGGUCGUGAUCUCAUCUCUCAGCUUCUGAAGAGACUUCGAGACAAGCUAGCGGGAGGAACUCGGCGCGACCCAUUCACAGCCUUGCCCCUUGAAAUAGCCCAUCUAACCCUUGGGCUGUUUACCUUUAAGCAGAUCGCAGCAAUCUUGCGUGUCUCAAAAGGAUGGAAUAAAUUUCUUACCGAACUCUCUAACCUAUGGAUGCAUGUUGAUCUUACAGGAGCCAGAUCUCGCGUACCUUGGACGUCUGUUCGGAGCUAUAUUCAUCGAUCGCGAGUGCAAUUGACCGCUGCAACAAUUGUGAAUAUUGUUCCAUCAUCUACGCCCAAGGUACUUGAUAUGUUGAGCAGAUGUCCCAAACUUGAAAAUCUGGCGUUGAUGGCCGCCCACGAGCAGCCCCCCGAUUUCUAUGCCAAGAUAAUAGAGUUCCGGCAUUUGAAGAGUAUCACUUGCGGACCAGAUAUCAUGUUAUCUCAUGGUUGUGUCGGCGGCAUUCUCUCCAAGCUUCCUCGGCUCGAAAAGGCUGCAUUCUACCAUGUUUGGGAUUCUCCCUCAAGGGCGGACCGGGCUGAGUCCUGGCCUUUAAAUCAUCCGAAUAUCAAGAGUCUUGUGAUCGGAUCUUCGCAAGAAGAUCGGACUGGCCUCACUUUCCCACUUGUCGUUCCGGGCCUUGGUGGAACAACUGAUCAUUCAUAUCCUAACUUAGAGGAGCUGCGCCUCAUAUGGAACCCAGCCCGAUCAUGCUCCUACCGCUUCAACCCAGUGCAGGACGGCGAGACUCUCCCACCAUUGCGCAUACUAGAGCUGCGAGGCGCCGCAGUCCAACAAAAUUUCUACACUAUUCUCCCGACCACCCUUGAAACUCUCCGCUUCUUUUCAGGCUCUAUCGAAAACGCUCUAGUUGGAGGCUUCGGUGGGAAUUUUCUCACACCGAGUGGGAAUGAACUACCGAACUUGAGCACUCUCAUCUUCAACGAUACGCCCUGGGUCAACCUCAACACCUUAUCAGUCUUCCUUCUCCAAUCCAAAGCCCCACUCCGAUCCCUCCAUGUCAACCUCUGCCACAACAUAAAGGGCCAGGAGUUUCUCAAAAUAAUCUCCGAUCCAGAGAAAGCAAACCCCGAACUUGCAAAUAUCACUGACUUGGGUGUUGCUUGUAUGACCGAUAUAGAUGACACCAGUGUUGGGCAUCUGUGGGCUACUCUGCCGCAUCUGACAGUCCUUGAUUUGUCUCAGACUAAGAUUACGGGUUGCACUGUCCGUAUGCUUGCAGAUACACGGAACGAGGAUGCUGCUUCUGCAAAGCUUGAAGUUCUCACAAUCAAGGGUUGUGAUGGUGUUUCUCGUGAUGCGAUCGAUUAUGGCCGGAACAUGGGACUCAAGAUCUUGACUUGA